AUGUCGAUCAUGCCAGAGAUUGAUGGCCCCACGCAUGCACCAGCACUUGCAUCUGGGGAUCCCCUGCACCUGACAGUGGCCGCCACGGUGGAGUACUCCACGGAACAGUUUGCCGUCGAGCCACCGGCAGGCACGUGGAAUCUAUCCGACACCCAUGCCAUGCAGUUUGUCAGGAAGGCCCUGCAGCAGGUAGAAGAGGACUUCAGCACCAUGCCGUACCUGCACCUUGGAGGCGAUGAGCCCGUCGCAGCCUCCCUCUGUGCUCUGCUGCCAGAGGUUGAAAAAUUGAAAUGUUGGGAGCAGUGUCCGUCUCCAUGGUCACCAGGUUGCAGUCCUGUUCCAGUGAAGCCGCAGGAUGCCCGUGAGACCUACUGGUUUCCUGAAGUGCUCAAUGAGAAGGUGCAGGGAUAUUUUGAUUCCGUCGACCCUUCACCUGCCAAGGUUCCCAGGGCUGUCUGGUCGGGAGCUGUUGCAGACUGUGGUGUGCAGCUUCCCCCCACCCACCUGAAGAGCAAGUCUGCGCUGCAGCUGUGGGAGUUUCCGGCAGAUUCCUCUGGCCGGCCUAUGCUGUCAGAAGAUGACUGUCAGAAGUAUGACUUGCUGCAGAGUGCAGCCACAUAUCCAGAAGGAGACUCGUCUUAUGGUUGGCUCUACAUGGACUGUGGCUCCGGUGCAAACUGGAUAUCCAUGGGCCCGGAUUACUGGUGUCCACGAGCUUCAUGGGCCGCGCUUUACUCGCUGAAUAUCACGCAGGGCUACGGCCCCAUCGAGACCCCCACAUGUCAAAAGGCCUUUCUGGGUGGCGAGAUGGCGCUGUGGUCUGAGAUUGGAGGCAUGGGUAAUGCCAUGAGCCUGAUCUUUCCUCGUGCUGCCGCUUUCGCAGAGCGCAUGUGGAGCAAUCCGCAGGCACUGAAGACAGAGGAGAUGAAGGGUGGCAGGCCUCCCGGCUGGUACUGGGAAGCACACCUGCGUGAUGCCAUGGAGAGGCUGAACAUCGUGGUUUCAAACUUUGACAUGCUACAGGUGGCAGUAUCACAUUUGCAGCCGGAGUUCUGCCGGCUCCAUCCAGAAUUCUGCAACGCCUACACGGCUUCCUUGUACUGA